AUGUACUGUGAGUUUCUGUGGAAAGGAUUCACCAAUUGCUGACAAUUGGUAAUAAAAAGCUGGGCUGUGCAAGCACAUGCUUUGGAAGGCUCCUGACACCAGUGCUGAACUAACAUCACGCUCCUUCCCUGAUUCUUUCAGCCUUUAGGUGGAACGUGUGAGAAGAGUGGUGUUGGACGGAGCAGUCGACACCAUGAAUGGAGCCUCGGUGGUUUCCACGUCUGUCCAGACCAUCUCCAUUAAGGAAGAGGCUGAUCUAUGGAGUAAAGAUGAUGUCCAAUGUUUGUUGGAUCGGAUAAAGAGCCUGAUCCCAGAAGGAGACUGCAUGAAGUACAAAACUACCGAAUCCCAUUUCAACUGGGAGAAAGUGGCAUUUGGACCCUUCACUGGGGAAAUGUGUCGGCUCAAGUGGCUGAAACUGGCCUCUGAGAUCAGAAAAUAUCGCACUCUGAGUGAGCUGCUCACAGACGCUGUGGAGUUUGUGAAAAAUCCAUACAAGGGCAAGAAGCUGAAGACUCAUCCCGAUUUUCCGAAGAAACCAUUGACUCCAUACUUUCGAUUCUUCAUGGAAAAAAGAGCCAAAUAUGCCAAGAUUCACCCAGAAAUGAGUAACCUGGACCUGACAAAAAUUCUUUCCAAGAAAUACAAGGAGCUGCCAGAGAAAAAGAAGCUCAAGUACAUUCAGGACUUCCAGCAGGAAAAAGGGAAUUUUGGGCAGGCAAUGGCCAAAUUCAGGGAUGAACAUCCUGAUCUCAUUGAAGAACAGAGAAAAUCGGAUAUUCCUGAAAAGCCAAAGACACCCCAGCAGUUAUGGUAUAAUCAUGAGAAAAAGGCGUUCCUGAAAGCUCACCCUGAGGUGAGUCCAAAGGAGCUAAAGGAUGCCCUUCGCAGACAGUGGUCUCAGCUGUCUGAUAAAAAGAGGCUGAAGUGGAUCAGCAAAGCCCUGGAGCUGCAGAAAGAGUACGAGGCAUCAAUGAGAGUUUAUGUGGAAGCUCACCCAGAACUGAACUUUGAAGAACCUGUCAAGUCGAUUCUAACCAAAGCUGAGAGACAGCUGAAAGAUAAAUUUGAUGGACGUCCUACAAAGCCACCACCGAAUGGGUACUCAUUGUACUGUGCAGAACUGAUGGUUAACAUGAAAGAUGUUCCCAGCACUGAGCGUAUGGUGCUAUGCAGCAAGCAGUGGAAGGUCAUGUCACAGAAAGAGAAGGAUACUUACCAGAAACGCUGUGAACAGAAAAAGAAGCUUUACGAGACAGAGAUGCAGCGAUUCCUUGAAAGUCUCCCAGAUGAAGAGCGGGAGAGGGUGUUACAGGAGGAGAAGAUUGGCGGCAGCAAAAUAACAAGCAACGUAACAACAAACGCACAGAAUAAUGGCCCUCAGCGAACAAAACCUGGCAGCCCCACCUCACCAGCCUCACCAACCAGCAAGAGUGUUCCUGAGCGUCCACAGCAGCCCAUCUCUGCCAUGUUCCUUUUCUUCCAAGAGAAACGAAAGGACAAUCCCAAUCUAACAGAGAGCGAGCUUACUCGGCAGCUGGCCAGGAUGUGGAAUGAGUUGUCAGAGAGAAAGAGGGAAAAGUACAAGAGGAUGGAAAGAACCUUGAAAGCAGAAUACGAGCAAAGGAUGCAGAACUUCCUGAAAGAGAAGAAGGAAGCUGGGUCUACAAGGAAAGGGAAGUGGCCUGAGAGCCCCAAAACUGCUGAGAAGAUCUGGGAGCAGACAGUGAUCAAUGAUUACACAGCAAAGCACCGGAAUGACCGCAAGAAAGCUCAAUCAGCAAUGGAGGCUGCUUGGAAGGCGAUGGAGAAGAAGGAGAAGAUUCCUUGGAUUAAGAAAGCCGCAGAUGACCAGAGGAGAUAUGAGAGGGAGCUAUCAGAGAGUCGAUGGGCCCGGGUCUCAGCACAGAACUCCAAGAAGCUGAAGUUUGUUGGCGAGCCAAAGAAACCACCAAUGAGUGGCUACCAGAUGUUCUCCCAGGAGUUGCUGACUAGCGGGGAGCUAAACCACUUUGGGUUGAAAGAAAGAAUGGUGGAGAUUGGGAAGAGGUGGCAGAAGCAGAGCCAGGCCCAGAAGGAUGGCUACAAGAAACUCGUAGAGGAGCAACAGCAGGAAUACAGAGUGGAGCUGGAGGCCUGGCUUAAAUCUCUAUCGCCUGAAGAACGGAAUGUGUAUGAGGAAUAUACGACAGCAAAGCGAAAAGGCCAGGGAAAGCCAGGGGGCCCUGCAGCCAAAGCAAGACUGACAUCGAACCUCACAUCGGAAUCAUCUGAAGAGGAUGGUGAAGAUGAGGAUGAUGAUGAGGAAGAUCCCGAGGGGAGCGAUUCAUCUGAUUCUGAUGAUGAUGGUGAUGGUUCCUCAGCCUCAUCUGAUAGCGAAGCAAACACUGAUGAGGGCGAGGAUGGAGAGAAUGACGACGACGAUGAUGACGAUGACAACGACGAUGAUGAUGACGACGACGAUGACGACGACGAUGGGAGCCAGGUCAAUGCCAGCUCCUCCUCCUCUUCUUCCUCCUCACAAGAUGAUGAUUCUGAUUCUGACUCUGAUUCUGACUGACUCCCCUCCCCUAUCUCCUGAGACCAGCCAUUGUGGAAUGUUGCUGGAAGGAUUAAGAGAACUCCUUAACCUGGAGUCCAGUUACUUUAUCAUUAUGGGGGGGAGCUGAAUGACUGACAGUAUUUGGGCAGGCUGCUGCCCUGUACUCACUGCCACAUAGACUGCACCAGUGUUCUCUCCCAGUCAGAGAGACAGCUCUCCAUGAUCCACCGCCUUAUCCCUGCAGUCACUCCAGAUCAGAUUGUCUGCUCCAGCACCAGCUGUCGUGAUCUGCUGUAAAUAAACUUGUUUGUUGAUGUGAUCAUCAA